GAAAAACAGAGCUCGAGCUUCCCGGAUGAUGACGAUACAGGCGCGCGGUCCAAUGAAAACGCCGCUUUAGAAAGCACGAAAUAAAUCGUAGCCCCGCCCCACGUUGGUUAAACUGCGCUUUAUUAUAAGAGUUAUUCCAGCUGUGUAUAACCGUAUCGCGAAUUCACAGGUGUGUGUAGAAAUGGAGAAAGAAGUGAAGUGUGUGAGCGGUGGAGCAGAGCGUUUCUGUUACCUUACACGAGUGCAGAGUUUCAGCGCGAGCCACCGACUGCACAGCAAAUCACUGAGUGAUGAAGAUAACAAGAGAAUAUUUGGAAAAUGCAACAAUCCCAAUGGCCAUGGGCACAACUACAAAGUUGAAGUUACAGUACAAGGAAAGAUUGACCAAAACACAGGAAUGGUGAUGAACCUCACUGAUCUUAAACAGUAUAUAGAGGAGGGAAUCAUGAAUCCACUUGACCACAAAAACCUGGAUCUGGAUGUGCCAUACUUUGCUAAUACUGUCAGCACAACUGAAAACCUGGCAGUGUAUAUCUGGGACAACAUGAUCAAGCUUCUUCCACCGAACAUGCUCUAUGAGAUCAAGGUGCAUGAGACUGACAAUAACGUUAUUGUGUAUCGAGGGGAGUAGAGCAGUUCAUUUGCUGAUGCCUGUUCAUUUCAGGCUGCAGGGCAGUAGGGGGAGGCUGUAAAUCUUAGCACUUUAGAUUUUAUUAGAUUAGAGCGAGAGGAGCACCUGCUGUGGUCUAAACAGUGUUGUAUGCUUUAGGAUUAGCGUAAGGCACAGAGAAUUUGGAUCAGCCUUCGACCAUGUGAGACUGAUCCUAUUAAACAUGGAGCUUAUGGCAGGUGUAAAUCUUUUUUUUUUUUUUUUUUUUUAAUUUUUGAUCAAAUUAAUUAACAGUCUUAACUUUGUUACCCUUUGUCCAUUUUUCUCAUUUUGGCCAAAUGUCCUAUUUUGUUGUUUGAGUAGGAACUAGUGUGGUAGUAUGUAGUAGUAAAGUGCAAUGUUCGACUUUUAUUUCUAUUAUUAGCUCAAAGUAUCUAAUGUAUUUGUGUUGAUUAAUUGUUUACAGAUUUACAGAAGUUUUUCUUCCAUUAUUUCCAUUAAUGCUGUCAUACACAUUACCACUAGGUGGCACAGAUGCAGUUUGUUUAGGGAAUCCAAGAACCCAAUCUUUUUUUUUCUUCUCGCAGCGAUCUUUGUGAAACAUUGUAUGAAUAAACUCAACAAAGCUUUUAA